AUGGUGAAGGAAGAGAAGAUUCUUGGCAUCAGUGAUGAGUUACAGAAGAUCUUGGAUUCGAAUAUGGACACAGCGUCAGAGAGACGGAGAGCUCGUGAGGCUUUCAAGGAGAUUCAGCUUGGAAUUGAUCAUUGCUUAAUGAAGGUACCAAAAGAAGGGCUGAAGAUAGAAGAGUCAUAUGAAGUUAAUUCUAGAGGAUUGGAAAUUUUUUCGAAAAGCUGGCUUCCAGCGAACUCUCUUCCCAAGGCAUUGGUUUACUGUUGUCAUGGUUAUGGAGAAACUUGCACUUUUUUCUUUGAAGGAGUUGCAAGAAAAUUGGCUUCUUCUGGAUAUGGAGUUUUUGCAAUGGAUUAUCCAGGGUUUGGCCUUUCAGAUGGUCUUCACGGCUAUAUUCCAAGCUUUGAUAAGCUUGUCAAUGAUGUUGCUGAACAUUACUCCAAAAUCAAAGGGAACCCGAAGUUCCGUAAUCUUCCAAGCUACCUGCUUGGACAGUCUUUGGGUGGAGCAGUAGUCCUGAAGGUGCACUUGAAACAACCAAAUGAAUGGAAUGGUGCCAUUCUUGUCGCUCCUAUGUUCAAAUUCGCAGAUAACAUGAUUCCACCAUGGUUAGUGAAGCAAAUUCUGAUUGGUGUAGCUCAUGUUUUUCCGAAGUUGAAAAUAGUUCCGCACCAGGAUAUUGCCAAGAUGGCAUUCAGAGACUUCAAAAAGCUAGAGCUGGCAAAGUAUAAUGUUAUUGCUUACAAGGAUACAGCACGCCUCGGGACGGCUUUAGAGUGUCUGAGAACCACCCAAGAGCUCGAGCAGCGAUUAGAAGAGGCAUUCUUUUAUGAUGAUUAUAGUUUGAUCCGAAAUGGCAACAUUUUGCAGGUUUCUCUGCCUUUACUAAUCCUGCAUGGAGAAGCUGAUAUAGUAACUGAUCCAUCAUUAAGCAAGGCAUUGUAUCAGAAUGCAAAUAGCUCAGACAAGAAGCUCAAGCUUUAUAAAGAUGCUUCUCAUGCUCUUCUUGAAGGUGAGACAGAUGAGAUGAUUUUCCGAGUACUCGACGACAUUAUCUCCUGGCUUGAUGAACACAGCAUAAAAUUUAAAGCAUGA